AUGCCGGAGAUGACGGACAUCCGGCUCGAGCGGACAGUGUCCUCAUCGAGAGUAGCGCCGGUGACGGCCGAGGAAAUCCCGUCGGAGACCAGAAGCCAUGUGCAUCACGUGAUAAAUGUGCUGGAAAUCUCUUCACCCGAGGCCGACGACCAGGACGAGUUUUCCGGCGAGCGCAACCCGCUCGACCGGUUGCUACCGACCACAGAAUCAAGAAACGGAGGCUGCCUGGCGGCGGCGCUUCACCUGCUGAGCACCGGAAUCGGAUAUCAGGCGCUUCUACUUCCGGUGGCUUUCGUUUCAUUGGGAUGGUACUGGGGGGUUAUUUGCUUGUCCUUGGCAUUUUCAUGGCAGCUCUACACAACUUGGCUUCUUAUAAAUCUUCAUGAAUCAGCUCCACCAAAUGGAGUUCGUUACAGUCGAUAUCUUCACCUCUCAAUUGCCGCAUUCGGUGAAAGAUUGGGAAAAUUGCUAGGGCUUUUCCCAACAAUGUACCUAUCAACUGGGACAUGUAUAGUGUACAUAAUCAAUGGAGGCACAAUUAUAGAACUAUUCUUCCAAUCCAUUUGUUACGAUAACGAUCAUUUCAACUCCAAAACGCUAACUGGAGCCGAAUGGUUCUUGAUUUUCAUCUUCUUAUCCGCACUCACGGCUCAGUUUUUCCCUAACCUCAACUCUCUAACCGUUGUCUCGGCUAUUGGAUCAUUCACAGCUGUUUUCUAUUGUUUUCUUCUUUGGAUUAUGUCUCUCGAUAAAGGAAGAGUACACGAGCAAAUGGAUGGUAAUGAUAUUAUUAUCGAUGGCUCGGGAUUUCUAAACGUGUUAAAUGGGUUGGGGAUAGUAGCUCUUGCUUUUAGAGGGCAUAACCUUGUGUUAGAAAUACAGGGUACAAUACCCACGAACAUGAAAAAACCAUCAAGCAAGUCCAUGUGGAGAGGAGUAACAUUUUCAUACAUAAUUAUUGCUAUGUGUAUGUAUCCAAUUGCAAUAGUUGGAUAUUGGGCUUAUGGAAAUAAGAUAUCAUCGAAGUUAGGUAUCCUUACUUCCUUCGUGAGUUUGCAUCACAAGACUACAUCCAAGUAUCUUACGGGUGCAAUAUGCUUAACGGCUAUAAUCCACUACAUUUGCGCGUUCCAAAUGUACUCAAUGCCCGCGCUCGACAACUUUGAGCGCAUAUAUGUAACCAAGAAGAACAAACCGUGCUCUAGGUGGGUCCGUGCAUCCAUUAAGGCCUUGUUUGGAGGAUUUACAUACAUUAUGUCUGUGGCUGUGCCUUUCUUGCCGAGUUUGGGCUUGUUUGUUGGGUCGAUGGCACUUCCCCUGACCUUGUCCUAUCCGUGCCUAAUGUGGGUCGCCAUCAGAAAACCGGCCCGGUUUAGUAGGAUGUGGUUACUCAAUGUUGGGCUUGGUUUUGUAGGAAUAAUGUUUUGUGUAUUGAGUAGUGUAGGAGCUUUGUGGUCCUUGAUAGCUGAUGGCUUAGAUGCAAAUUUCUUCAAGCCUAAAUCAUAA